AUGGCUCAGCAAGCUCAUAAUCAAGCCCCAGUGCAACCACGGGUUGAUGUUACUAAAGCUAUAGCAGCUAGACAACCACCGUUCUAUGCAGGGGAGGAAGACCCGGUGAUCCUUGAAGAAUGGAUCAGAACCUUUGACAAACUGCUAAACGCUGUGAAUUGUCCCGAGGAGCAGCGGGUGUCUUCUGCAGUAUACUACCUGACCAAAGCUGCGGAUGAUUGGUGGUCAAUGGUGGGACCAGAUCUUCUGCAAGGCCCAGGGUUUGGCUGGGAAGAGUUCAAAACGGAAUUAAGAGGUCAAUUCUAUACCGAACGAAUUAAGGGCAUCAAGUGUGAAGAAUUCUUGCGGUUGAAACAACAGGGAACAACGGUGCAAGAUUAUCAUGGUAAGUAUGUGGAGUUGAUGAGAUUUGCGCAAGAUAUCGUACCCGAUGAGGCAAGCAAGGCGAGGCGAUUUGUAAGGGGGUUAGAUUGGGGAGUGAGAAGUGCAAUCGCACCAUUUAUGUGCUCUACUCUCAGGGAAGCAUACAACAGAGCAUCGGAUCAUUAUCAAGUGUAUUUAGAUCAGCAAGAAGUCUAUGGUCGGAAAAAGAGAAAAGCUGAUGAUAGGUCAGGAACAUCUAAGGGGGAGAGUCAGAAGCCUACCCAAUCAGGAUCCUACUCAAGGCAGGUCCCAGCAACAAAGGAAAAGCACCAGUGGAAGAAAGCAGCACGGGGAACCAAGGCCGAAUUUACGUCGUCAACCACACGCAAGCUCAAACUGGCGACGUUGUAA